UGUCUUCUUCGCUGUCUGCAGAUGUUGUAUUGUAGCCUCUUCCUCUUAUUUUCUUACGGUGACAUUCCAAAAUUUACACCGUCCAAAAGAUCAUUAACACAUUAUAAUAUACAUAAUAAUUCAUAUUUACACCCCUUAAUAAUUCUCCAUAGAAAUCUAAUUAUUACAAUGUUCUAGUCCAUAUAACUUUGGGGAAAAAAUCAACAUUAGUGGUUUAGUUGACUUAGACAUAUAAGCAAAACACCUUAGCAACAGAAAGAAGCAGUGAAGAAUGAGGAUGACAAAAAAUAUGUGCAACAGUGAAGGACAGUUAGACGAUGCACAAUUCAGCAAACCAAUGCCAUGGAUUGGAAUCUACAUAGCAACAGCAUCACUUUUAUGUCUCAUUUCUAUGUCUGCAGACCUCAUUAAAGGCAUCAAAACCCGCAAACUAUGGUUCCCUUGCAAAUACUUUUGUCUCAACGCAACUUCCUUAACCAUAAUCGCUGUUUCUUUAAAACUCUCGGUUGAUCUCAACACUCCUAUGCCUCACCGUCAUGAUCAGCUAGCGAAACUAGCUAGCAGUGCUUUAAUCUGCACAAUCAUGGCUAAUUCCAUGCCAUCUCUUGGUGUCACACCGAACAAUGAAACCAUGUUGAAUGUUUUGGCUAUGGCUAUUUUAGUAGUUACUAUGAUUGUUAAUAUCUGUAUUCAAUUUGGAACUGGGGUUAUCUAUGAGUUUUGGAUUGAACAUGGUGUUAUUAUGUUUCUUAUGGUUAUUUUGUUGAUGAUCAUGAUUUCUUCUGCUUUGUGUUUACCAAAGAUGAAACAUUACAUGGAGUUGAAGUAUAAGGUCAAUGAAGAUGCUUUGAGAGAAGAAUCAAAACAAAAACGACAUGAGUAUAACAAAGUUACUGAUAAGUUAAGAGAUGAAUUGAUGAAAUUCUGGAUGAUGGCUCAUACUAGCGGUCCUCAAUUUCUACUUGGAAGGUCAGUUUCAUGUACUGCUUCUGGUGCUUUUUGUGUUUUGAGUACUUUGACGUUACUUGAAGCGAUGCUUCGAUCUUACUUGAUGUCUUGGUCGGUUAAAUUUUGUGCUGGUGAAAGUGAUUACAAAUGGUCUAUAAUCUUGAUUCUUAUAGUUCAAGUUGCUGCUGUUGGCGUUGGUACUAUUGCUCCUGCUUUUAGGUGGUUUGCUGCUGUUAAAUAUAGGUGUCCAAAUGUGAGGGAAAGGAGUCGCAAGAGAAUUUUUCAAGUAGAAGGUUACUGGACUGAUAGUUUAGUGGUGUUUCGAGAGAGUCCGAUUAGUUUUCGGAUUGGUAACCGGUGGUUUAGGAAGUUGGCUCAUGAUGUCAAACUGAUUAUGUUGUGUUUCUGUAUUAAACUACAGAUGGGGAUGGUUAGAGUGUGUAAAGCUGCACAAUUUGUUUCAAUUUACCCUAUGUUGUGGAUCUUGGGAUUUUGUGAGUUUUUCAAGAAUUGGAAAUCAAAAUUCGGUGGUAUAGAUUCGGGUUUAGGAACAGGCAGAAAGCAGGACCUAAAACGGUUUAUUCUUCAUCUCGAAGGUGAGGAAGAGUUGGUUGAGGUGAUGAUGAAACAUAAUUGUGAUGCAACUGCUCAUUGGAUUGAACAAGGUGAAAAGAAGCAGCCAAAACUUGUUAUUGAAUUGUUAGAGCAAAAAUGUUCAAUGUUACAUGGAUUUAAAGGAGUUGGAGAAUUUGAUUGUGACCAAAUUCUUCCUUUGCAUGGUGUAGAACCUCCUUAUAAUUGGUCACUUCCUAUUGUGACACUAGCGAGCAUUAUAGUUGCACUUCCAAAUAUGGAAAAGUGUUUGGUGAAAAUUUUGAUUAGUACCGUAAAUGAAGCACUACCUUAUGUGAAGUUCAUCGAAAAUAACAUUGACAAAGAAGGGAAAUUGAUCAAACUUAGAAAAACAUCUGAAAUUGUUUGGCAUGGAGCUGAUCUCUAUGGAAAGUGGCUAGAUGUUGAUCUUUAUAAACUCUCCCUUCAAAACAAGACUCCAAAAGAGACACUUGAGACAUUAGCUGAGUUUGCAAAAACAAGGUAUGAGAAAUAUAAAUCAAAAUAUUAUCUUGUGUGUAUUAAGGUAAGUCCUUCAGCAUGGCCUAUUAAAGUAUUGGCAUCCAAUGCAAUGUACAGAAUAAGCAAAACCAUUCUUCUGUUGAAUCAAGAUGUUGUAAAAGACAAUAAUACUAGUCAGAGGCUGUUUGAAGUUGUGAUAGUUAUGAUUGCUGAUAUAUUGGGGGCAUGUUUAACUAACUUGCCUCAUGUUAUAUCUGUUAAGGGUUUGCAUUGUGCUAUUGAAGAGAGGGAGGAUAGUGUUAGAGAAGCAGUUUAUGUUCUUGGUAAAACUAUGAAGAUUAUAGAAAUGCUUGAAAAGAGAGCUUUUCCUAAAGUGGAUUGUUGCCGUGGGACUAACAUCGAAGAUUGGCGUUUAAUGCUUAAGCAAAACAUGUUCAGUUGUCCCUCUGUACUAUCUUCACUUGAGGAGAAUGACAUUUGCAUCGUUCCUCCUAAAUUAAGGGACAUUUGCCUAGAUAUUGACUAAAAAAGCUAGAGGUACUUGUAAUCUUACAAUUUUGUUCACAGAUUGUUGAAAAACCUUUUAGUUUUUGCUUGAUGUAUAUAUGCAGUUUAUAGAGUUAUAAAGUUAAUAUGAGGCAAGAUCCACAAUUCCACACCAAUAUGUCAACCUGUAUAAGAACUUGUGAGUAACCAAAAGAUCAUAAAAAUUGUAUUCUAAAUCAUUAGUUGUUGCCAAAACACCAUUUUUUUUAGUGUGUUGAA